GUUGUCAUGAUAUUUGGUUUCUUGUUUUUCUACGCCUUUGUCCUUUCAUCUCUUUACUAUCUAGAUUUUCCGAGUCCGCCCCCUAAAUAUCAAUAACAUGUCUACCGUCGAUACUGCUUCCACUGAUGGCAUGAGUACGAAUUAUGACUACGUUAUAGUUGGAGGUGGAACAUCCGGGCUUGUGGUUGCGUCAAGGCUUACCGAAGAAAAAGGUAUUCGUGUCUUGGUUCUCGAAGCUGGUGCGAACCGCCUAAGAGAUCCGAAAAUCUCGAUUCAAGCUCUUGCUGCUGCGACAUAUUUUGACCCCGAGUAUGAUUGGUGUAUCACUACGGAACCUCAAGUAGGACUUAAUAAUCGUAGGCUGGCACAGCCUCUGGGUAAAACUCUAGGUGGUUCAUCAGCUAUCAACUUGGGAAUGGUUGUAUACCCGUCUAAGUCUGGCUUUGAUACGUGGGAAAAGCUAGGAAAUCCGGGCUGGGGAUGGAAAACUAUGGAAAAUUACUUCCGCAGAUUCCAUACAUUCACCGAGCCUCAAGCGAAGUUUAAAGAGGAGUUUAUGCUUAAUUACUUGAAUGGUGUUCACGGCACAGAUGGGCCCAUUCAGGUCUCCUACGGUAGCGAGGAAGGUUUCCCCCCUUUCGCCCAAGCUUGGCCCCGGGCGUGGUCUGCUCUAUGCAAGCCUAUUGAUGGUGAUCCCAUCGCUGGUAUGUGUAUCGGAGCUUUCAACAAUGCUGCCACGCUUCAUCCAACAACUAGAGAGAGGAGUCAUGCCGGAAAUGCGUACUUUUCAGACGAAAUUGCUCAACGACAAAACCUGCGCGUCAUCACAGAAGCACUCGUCGAGAAAAUUCUCUUUCUUCGACCGAAUAGCGGUCCUAACAAGCCUCGGGCCGCGGGGGUCGCGUUUGUUGGGAAGGACGGCCGGAGACGGCAAGUCUCUGCCACGCGUGAGGUGAUUCUGGCAGCCGGCGCGGUCAAGUCGCCUCAACUACUCGAGCUCUCGGGAAUUGGUAGCAAGGAGAGACUCGAAAAGUACGACAUUGACUGCCUUUUAGACAAUCCUACCGUUGGCGAAAACUUCCAGGACCAUGGUUUCGUACCGUUUUCCUGGGAGGUAGCCGACCCGAUAACAUCAGGAGAUCAGAUGCGAAACCCAAGCGUCGUUGAAGCGGCCAUGGUAGCUUAUCAGGAGGCUAGGACAGGUCCUUUGUCUGUAAACGCGCUUGCAUCGGCCUUUUUCCCGCUCCAGGACGAAAGUCUUGCGCCAGUAUCCGUUAGCCGGCUUACUUCAGACCUUGGCCAAGCAGAGGCCGAACCUAGAGUUCUCCGUGAGCAGAUCUGUACCCCUGAUGCCUCCUCAGCACAAUUUAUUCUCGCACCGUUUCAGCUGAACCCUUUCCCGGGGGAUAACCCUUCCCAGAUCUUUGGCCUUGGUACCGAAGGUUUCUAUGUGUCCAUAGUAGCCGUUCUGAGUCACCCAUUCAGUCGCGGAUCAGUGCAUAUACAAUCGGCUGAUCCAAAUUCAUCACCCGUUGUCGAUCCGCGUGCUAUGUCUCACCCGUUAGACUUAGAACUACACGCGCGGCACGUGCUUCUUCUCGAGAAAAUCCGUGAUACACCACCACUACGAGAGCUAUUUAAAGAGGGUGGGCGGCGUCUGCAUCACGGCGGGCAGAGGAUUGAGACGCUGGAUCAAGCGAAGCAAGCGGUUAAGAACGGAUACACGCCGCAUUACCAUGUAUGCGGAACGGCAGCCAUGAUGCCUCGAGAAUCUGGUGGUGUGGUGGAUUCGAGCCUGAGGGUCUAUGGAGUGGACGGCUUAAGAAUUGUUGAUGCGAGCGUGUUUCCACUAAUUCCGAGAGGGAAUAUUCAAAGUUCAGUCUAUGCGGUUGCUGAGAAAGCUGCUGAUCUCAUUAGGGCAAGUUAG